CCUUCUUCACAAUAUCUUUUACUUUAUCUCUUGGAUCUGCUUUCUGUGUUUGCAUUGAAAUCAGAUGUGAAUCUGAUGACCAGUGCGAAUCUAGCGGUGGUCUUUCAACCUGGGCUUUGUCAACCUCAACCUAGGAAUCAAGCUCAUCUAAAUCGAAUCAUUUAUAAUCCUUCGUCUUCUAAGCCCUUGAAUUCAAGUCAACCUUCGAUCCAACAACAAUCUUUAGAUGAACAAGAGUUAAUCAUGCGAGACGUCAAAGAAGCUCAAGAAGUGCUUCAAUUCUUGAUCGAUAAUCAAAAUUACUUUGUCGUCGGUCUUCGUCCUCAACCUAAAACCAACGGAACCCCACAUCCCAACCAACCUACCGAUUCUCCUCAUCGCAAUGUUAGUCUCUGAGCAGUACCCAUCAGUCACCUCUUCCUUUCUUCUUCCUUUCUCCAACGCCCUCUCUCUCUCUCUUAUUCGGUUUUCAAUACCACACACACUUUCCAAGAAAGUUUGAUGAGUCACCUUAUUAAAUCAAUCUCAACCAUUACCUCUUUCCCCUUUUUGUUUGUUUGUUCGUUUUUGUGCGUUUGUAACUUGGUCGGACAACACCACAAAUCACAGGAACGACCCAGCUUACCAGCCCACCAAUCCUCUCGUUCACUUCAUCCACAACUAAGUCAUCCUAACUUCAGCACACCCUCCAACAUACCUGAACUCUCAGCACGAAAGUUGAGUAUCAAACGAAG